AUGAGCGCCGAAACCAUCGUUAUCAAGAACCCGGCUCCCAAUUUCCCAGAGAACACGGUGAAAUUUUCCAGCGCCGAAACAAAUUCCAAACUACUUAUUACAACUUUGUGGCUUUUUUCAUCGAUUUUCUCUGCAGCUAAAAUCGAUUUUAAUGCCAAUAUAACAGGUAUAUCUAUCGGAUUUAACCUUCAAGAUGUAAUUUUGGUUACUCUCACUGCUUGGAUGCUACAUAGGGGAUUUACCAGUAGAACUGUAGCUCUAAUAUUCCCAUGGGUAUCGGCGACAAUGUACAGCCUGUACUACAACCAUUAUAAAAGCCUAUCUAGGAUGAUAAGAAUUUUAAGACACGUCAAACACGCCACUGCGCUACCUUGGAUAGCGCUGUUCGCAGCUACCGUGGGACUAGUAUUACGAGUAGUUCUGGUGUUGAGAAUCCUACAGCUGUCAGCCAAUUUGUGGUACCGUAAAAAGUUGGAAAAGGAAUUAUACAAUCCCCUUAAUUAA